UGCUUUCAUCUGCUUACCCAAUAAUAACGAUUUUCCAUCCCCUCUUGAUGUCCCCCCUGAAACCUUAGCGACGGUGUAGUGAGCACUGAAUGACGUCGCUCGACGCCGAAAUUCGGCUGUGUGUGUGUGGUUUCUUCUGCGCUGUCGCCGACGAAACAUGGAAGGUUGUUAUCAAUAGCAUCAGUGGCAAGAGCAAAUCAUAAUUUUUAUCUGCCACGAAUUUUGUCAAUAUUUGUCAACAAAAUUCGAAUUUUUUCAUCCCCACGACGUACCCGGAGUUGUACUUUUUUUAAUUAACACGAUGCGAAUUUAACGAUUGUUGAGUGACAGGGUGUGAAGAAACAUUUGAGACAGUUGCUUUUUUCGUCGCCCAUCGGUUACCUUUUAUUCAAACGUAACAUCUCAGUAUCAGUCAGCGGUGUGCAGCAUUAUUUUUAUUUUUAUUUUUUUUUACAAACAUAAGGAGUAAUUUUGUGAAAUGGGCUCGAUAGUGCUGAAAUCGCUGUCUGUUCUCCUUGGAAUAUUCUUCGUUUUUGUGGGAACAAUCAAGGUUACUUCGUACCUCAGCAAAGACCUCCACAAAGAUUUGCGAAAAGAGUACGUAAAGUAUGCCAAGGUGUUUCCACUCUCGGAGUUACUCAACAUCAAAGUACCCAGCAAAUGGUACAGACGAGUUGUUGGAUCAUUGGAGAUUAUUUGCGGAUUGGCAAUGGCCACUAUUCCAAAUCGGAAAGUGAAAAAUACAUCCAAUGCAAUUCUUCUGUUCCUCAUGCUGAUGGCCUUCUAUUCACAUUACAGGCUUGAUGAUAAGCUAGAGAGAACGGCUCCUGCAUUGGUAUUUUUAUUCAUGCUCACUGGCAGACUAGUGAUCGAUAUGCAGCUGAACCGUCAAGCAAAUCAGGCAGCAACGGUGAAUGGAGUCGAUGAAAAAGUGAAAAAGCAAGACUGAAAGAAUCGACAUUACGAUAGAAAAUUCUUCCGACCUUACGUGAUUGUUUUUGAAAUUUAUACGAAUCACCGAGCAACUGUCCCCAAAUUUUUGUUCACAUGGCUCAUACUUAUUGCACAUUGAAUGAACGUACAUCAUCAGAAUGUCAUAUCUCAUCGAUGAAAUGAUAUUUCGAUUGCAGAUUAUUUUUCAUCUACAAUAACCCACGCAAUAAUCAGCUUUGAAACGGCACAAUUAACUAACUGCCAUUCGUAAUCGGUAUUUAGGGAUGUAUAUAAACAAUAGGUAGAUUUUAAAAAUGAUUGAAAAGCACCAAUUGCACACUGAUCCUGUACACCACGAGGGAUUGAUUUUAUAUGGUAACGAUAAUUAUAAGUAUAAUGGAAGAAUAAUCAUUGAAAAUAAAGUGAAGAGACUCUGAGACAAACAAAGACGAAGUGAGAUGGAUUCCAUUUGGAGUAAUUUUGCCUGCAGGGACCUACAUAAAUAAACAGAUAUGUGAAGAUGAAAAAAAUAUGUGAGCUAUUAUAAAUAAAUGCCUACGAGUAAGGUUCACCAUAGGAGUGUUCAUUUUGGUUGAAGAUAUGUAUCAAUAGAAUUAUAUGGAAUUCUAACAUUAUUUAUUUUAGACGUGUAAAUAAUGAAAAAUUUCAUGCAACUUUAGGAGUGAUAAUUGUUCAGCAGUGUAUUGUAUUGUCCUUGUGAAUAUAACUCACUGCUACUUAAUGAGGCCCUGAACUGCCAAUAAUUGAGUUAUCAUUGUGAGAAGAGAGAGAAGAAAAAAACAGCUUAAUAAUGAUUUUGAUUUGUAAUUGUGA